GCGAUUCGAUCACUCUUCCAGCGCUAGCCAGCUGACUGGCAUCUGCAAGAGUGACUGUCAAACUCCCAAUCCCUGUCAACCGCUGGAGAAUGAUCUAGAUAACUGUGACCCACACAACGGGCAGAAAGGUUUAAUCGGUCAACAAAAAGGGUAGCGACCCUCAGGAGACGGGAAAGAGAUCCUAUGUAAGUGAUAUGUUUGGUGGGAUAGGAGCGAAUUUACGCCAGAUCUCUUAACGAAACAAGGUUCCCGACUCAGGAGACAGAAUGCUCAUUCUCAAUAUCAAUCAAUUAUUUUUGUGACCACAAGUCAAUUUUCCCAACACAUCUACAUCAGGAUUUAGAAAACUCAGGUUCCUUUCCUGAUUCCUUUCCGUCCGUCUAGUAUCCGUUCGGUUUCCGGUUCUCGACCUCAACCAUGAAAGGAAGUUCCCUCUUCUCUCCUCGCACCUGGCGAAAGAAGAGUCUACAGAGGACGACCUCGGAAACCGUAUCGAGCUCUGUGCACGAUCAUUACAACAACUCGAAGCUCUCUUCCGAUAGUAUUUGGGCUGUCCCCGACACAUACUAUGUAUCCCAUGCAAGGAGUGCAAUCAAUCUCAGGUCAUCAGAACUCUCGGAAGACGACGAUACUCCCCGUCCAUCGCUAUGUCUUGCCAAAUCCUCUUCCAAAUCUGCAAUCCUCAUUCUAGACGACUCUGCUAGCUCCGGGCUACCACGUCAAUCGCCACGACGGCCACAACGCCCUCCCAGUCUCAACCUGGAGAGACCCGAACCCAUUCCCCAAUCGCACACUCAGCCUAAAACUUCCCCAAUUGAGCCCGUAGCAGAGAGACGGAGGGCUUCUUCUUCAAACCGUCCUCUUCCACACCUUACUACUCCACUUCUCCCUCCGAGCCUCAACUUGGAGAAGUCUCAACCCACUUCUCGAUCCCAUACUCCACUCAAAACUCUCGUGAUUAACCUGCCCGUUGCAGAGAAAUCGGUGCCCUCUUUAAGCCGGCAUCACUCGCAUCUUGAUACUCCCAAUCAUUUAUUUACAACUCGUCUGCGCCCACAGGGAUGUGUACCGGAAUUAGACGGUGUUUGGAAAGGCUUUUUGGAGGAGCUUGAGGAAGAUUUACACACCCUCAGCGGUAACAGUACUAACAUACGCAGUCCGUCUACCAGCCGUCCCCGUUCCCGAUCAAACACCACUCCCUGCCCUUCUCGAACUAAGCGCUUCCAGGACCUUCCACCCAGCCCCCACUUUGAUAAACGAAAGUUCGAUAUCCCGCAGAAUACUUCAUUAACACACGCCGAUUACUCCUCAGAUGGUGAAGGGUCUGAGGCAAGCAGUUCCACUGCUGAUUUAUUAAUAUCUCUAUCGCUAUUCCCAACACCACCCCCUCUCAGAAUCCGGAAAAAGGAGGUCAUCAGGUCCCUGGAGCUGCGGAUACGUCCCGGCGAACGACCCUGCCCAUCCUCCCCCGGCCAGAGCUCGUCUGAUUCUACUCCGGUUACUACACCCACUACAUUCCCGCCCCUCUCGCUUAAGAGCACUAGUCCAAAGCGAUCAAAAUUUCAGGAACCCUCACGCCCGAGCCAUACUCCUCAUACCAUCUCAGCACCCGAAAGGCCAGUUGCAAAUCGCUCUUCUCCGAGUGCUUCCCUCAUUCAAACAAAGCUACGACCUUCCCGGUCAUUCCACCACCCGCCUCUCAAACAUCUGCGUCCGUUUCCUACGCUUCAUAGGACGACAUCAAGCGAGUUGGUGUCAUCAUCUCGUGCCCCCCAAAAUCAGUUGAAAGAGGGUAUCUGGAGGUCGUUUCCGAUCAGCCACUCUUCUCCAUCCUAUUUGCAAUCUCGCGGACGAAAACCGACACCAUCAGUUUACACUCCCGUUCAAUGGGGAAUUGCCGUAUAAGCGACGAGACUACUGGCUUUAUGCGCUUCAUAAUCACCUUAGAGACUCAGACACCGACAGGACCACCAACUGUGUUCUGGCCCUGCAAUACACGCGAAUAUUUACUGUCUUUCUUCUUUGAAAGCGUGAAUUUACUUAACAAUCAAACAAUCCUA